GCUGAGCCAACUCACUUUCCAAACCCUCCAGCAGCCAAGUGUCCGGCCAGAGUGUCAGCGAGCAGCACAGGCCACCACUUCGCCACCAGCUCAUGGAGCCCCCGGCACUCCUCCUGCUCCUCAGCCUCUGCUCAGCUGGCCUCGUCCUGGGCUCCGAACAUGAGACCCGUCUGGUGGCAAAGCUCUUUGAAGAUUACAACAGCGUGGUGCGGCCCGUGGAAGACCACCGCCAGGCCGUGGAGGUCACAGUGGGCCUGCAGCUGAUACAGCUCAUCAACGUGGAUGAAGUAAAUCAGAUCGUGACAACCAAUGUUCGUCUGAAACAGCAAUGGGUGGAUUACAACCUAAAAUGGAAUCCAGACGACUACGGUGGCGUGAAAAAAAUUCACAUUCCUUCGGAAAAGAUCUGGCACCCAGACUUCGUGCUUUAUAACAAUGCAGAUGGUGACUUUGCCAUUGUCAAGUUCACCAAAGUGCUCCUGGACUACACUGGCCACAUCACGUGGACACCGCCUGCCAUCUUUAAAAGCUAUUGUGAGAUCAUUGUCACCCACUUUCCAUUUGAUGAACAGAACUGCAGCAUGAAGUUGGGCACAUGGACCUACGAUGGCUCUGUGGUGGCCAUCAACCCGGAAAGCGACCAGCCAGACCUGAGCAACUUCAUGGAGAGUGGGGAAUGGGUGAUCAAGGAGGCCCGGGGCUGGAAGCACCGCGUGCUCUACGCCUGCUGCCCCUCCACCCCCUACCUGGACAUCACCUACCACUUCGUCAUGCAGCGCCUGCCCCUCUACUUUAUCGUCAAUGUCAUCAUUCCCUGCCUGCUCUUCUCCUUCUUGACCGGCCUGGUGUUCUACCUGCCCACAGACUCAGGGGAGAAGAUGACCCUGAGCAUCUCGGUCCUGCUGUCCUUGACCGUGUUCCUUCUGGUCAUCGUGGAGCUGAUCCCAUCCACCUCCAGUGCCGUGCCCUUGAUUGGGAAGUACAUGCUGUUCACCAUGGUCUUUGUCAUCGCAUCCAUCAUCAUCACUGUCAUUGUCAUCAACACGCACCACCGCUCCCCCAGCACCCACGUCAUGCCCGAGUGGGUGCGGAAGGUUUUUAUAGAUACCAUCCCAAAUAUCAUGUUCUUCUCCACGAUGAAAAGACCAUCCAGAGAAAAACAAGACAAAAAGAUUUUCACAGAAGACAUUGAUAUUUCUGACAUCUCUGGGAAGCCAGGGCCUCCACCCAUGGGUUUCCACUCUCCUCUGAUCAAACACCCCGAGGUGAAAAGUGCCAUCGAGGGCAUCAAAUACAUCGCAGAGACCAUGAAGUCAGACCAGGAGUCCAACAACGCGGCCGAGGAAUGGAAGUACGUUGCAAUGGUGAUGGACCACAUUCUCCUCGGGGUCUUCAUGCUCGUCUGCAUCAUCGGAACCCUGGCUGUGUUUGCAGGUCGGCUCAUUGAAUUAAAUCAGCAGGGAUGAGCGGAAAGCUGCGCUGAGAUCUGUCUACUUGGAUACACACUCACUUAUCAAAUAUUUAAUUUUCUGUAUUUAUUAUUCAUGACAGAGAUUUAUGUUUACAUAAGGUUAUGGCCUCAAAGUGUUUUCACAUCGCUUCUCCCUGCACUCCUGCUGGGCUGCCUGGAGAGUGAACUCCUUGCAGUAAAUGAAAAUGGAUGGCUGCAAGAAGUGUUCAUUUCCAGGAGUGUCUGGAAGUUUGGCCCAGAAUAAUUGAGGUUUUCUGUUGGUUUGAGUUUUUUUUUUUUUUUAAAUAUUAUUUUAAGCAAAGAGUAUAGCCUUGAUUUAAAAGUCAGUUUUAUACCUACUAAAAAAGCCCCAUCUACUAAAUCCCAAAAAGAUAAAGUCUUUGACUUGGAGAGAAAGAAAGCAAUAGAAAGACAAGAGGAAAAUUCUGGAAUGGCUCCCCAAAUGCAAGCUGCCUCAAAAAACUCAUGAUUUAAGGCAGAAUUGAGAGGUGAGGGAAUUGAGAGGUGAGGGAAUGACUUCCUGUCUAACACAGCACCUGAGUUUGAUGCCGGUGGUUUGAGGGGAAGGAGGUCCCAACCUGUACUGCGUGUGGGGGCCAGGCACUGUGGGCAUCCUCUCACGCGUGUGGUUUUAUUCACCCUCAUAAAUCUUAAAAGUGUCUCCAUUUUACAAAUGAGAAAACAGAACUUGGGGGAGGUUAAGUUAUUGCCCAAACUACCAAGUAGAAUUGACAUUUGAGCCCAAACCUUGUGGGUUCAAAGCAGCUCUGGGCUGGGUCAGUCCAUCUGCUCACUUGCCCGUUGGAUCCACCCUGGCUCCAUCUGGGCCAUUUGGUGACCCUGCUCAGUGUUUUUGAGAGGGUCGGUCUUUGUGUCAACGUUCUCGCUGCCUUCCCAAUUAAACUACCUGCCUCUUCCCCCAGUCCGUAUCCCAAUCCUCUUUGGGGUUCCUGUUCUAUACAUGAAAUCAGAACUGUGUGUCUAGGAGUUCCUGUCAUGGUGCAGCGGAAAUGAAUCCGACUAGAAACCAUGAGGUUUCGGGUUCGGUCCCUGGCCUCACUCAGUGGGCUAAGGAUCCGGUGUUGCCGUGAGCUGUGGUGUAGGUCACAGACACGGCUCGGAUCUGGCAUGGCUGUGGCUGUGGCAUAGGCCGGUGGCAACAGCUCCAAUUAGACCCCUAGCCUUGGAACCUCCAUAUGCUGUGGGUACAGCUCUAGAAAAAAGACAAAAAAGACAAAAAAAAAAAAUGUGUCUAUAUCAUCACUAUUUCUAAAAUUCUGGAUGAGCAAGUGGGAGGGAAAAUGAUUUCCUCUCUCCAUAGCAACCUUUAAGCCACAAGGCAGUUCACACCCAGACCUAGAAAAUGUGCAGCUCCGGGCUCAGUAACAACCAUCAGGUCCCUAGAGCACAUCUGACCCUCAUCAGUACCAGGGAGAGUGGGGAGCUGCACCGCCAGAUGGCCUGUCUGAGCCCAGGGGGUUUCAAUCUGUGUUUCCAUGGGAUUCCCCAUCACACACCCAUGGCAGGACUGAGUGCCUUCAUUUAAGAGUAAACUGAAGGGAAAAUGGUUUGGCAAGUCCUCAAAAACCUAAAAGCUACCAUAUGACCCACCAGUUCCACUCCUAGGUAUACACCCCAAAGAAGGGAAAGCAGGGAUUUGAACACACACUUGGACACCAGUGUUCACUGCAGCAUUAUUCACGACAGCCAACUGGUGGAAACCACUCAAGUGCCCAUCAAUAGAUAAAGGAAAUGUGGUUAUGUUAUACACACACAUACACAAUGGAUUAUUCAGUCUUAAGAAGGAAUGAAACUUUGCUAAAUGCUACAAUACAGCUCAAUCUUGAAAACAUUAUGCUAAGUAAAUAAGCCAGAUGCAAAAGGACAAAGACUGUACAUUUCCAUGCGUAGGAAAUACCUAAAGUAAUCAAAGUCAUAAAGACAGAAAAUAGAAAACAGGUUAGGGUCACCAGGCUGUACAGUAGAAAAAAAAAUUGUAUUGGGGAAAUGGCUAUUAAAAAUAAUAAUAAAAAAAGAAGAAAAAAACAAAAAACCAAACAAAAAGAAAACGGGUUACCAGGGUUUGGGAGGAGGGGUGUUUUAUUGCUUAAUGGGUAGACUUUCAGUUUGAGAUGAUGAAAAGUUGUGGAAGUAGAUAGUCGUGAUGAUUGUACAACGUUGGGAAUGUAUUUAAUACCAUUGCAUCCAACAUUUAAAAAUAGUUAAGAUGGUAAAUUUUAUGUGUA